AUGGGGCAAACACCCAAGAAAGUUGUUUUAGGGUGUGUGAAAACACUCAAGAAAAAGAAGAAGCAAAGUGUAGCGAUGGUAUCGGUUGGCAAUUCGGACGAUGUUAACAGAGAAGUGAAUGAUGAUAAUUUCGGUGAAAAGAGUUUAACAAAUGUGGGCGUGGAAUUUGAGAGAGUUGAAACUUUAUUUGUAGCUUUUGUGUUUCCUGGCGGGGAAGAUGUACGAGACACAGAAUCCUUUGGAGUGGGUGGUAGCAGAGAUCGUUUGGUUGAUGGUAAAACGGUGGAAGGGAGUGUCAGUUUCCCGGAAGAUGGUGAAACAGUGGUAAGAGGUGUAGAGGAGGCAGUAGUAGAUAAUUCUGGUGGUGGGAGCUUGCUGGAGGGAACUGAAGGAAAGGCUGCUUUUGAGGAGAAGGAAGGAUUGGAUUUGAAGGCUGAGGACAGUUUGUCAGAGCAACCGGAAGAAGUGCUUGUAGCUCUGAAAGAAGGAGAUGGUGUACCCAAGCAGUGGGUAGAGGAAGGAGUGACUGGUUACCGUGGAGCUGGAAGCAACAGCGUUGGGAAUGAGCAGGUUUCUGGGAGCCGCUCAGAUGUUGAGGGCAGCAAUGGUGGGAAAAGCAUUGAAAGAUCAGUUGAUGAUGAACUGGUUGGACUGGACAAAUUGGUGGGUGCACUUGUUAAGGAACAUGGUAGUGAUUUUGGAGAAGUUAAUGUAGGUGAAGUAAUUGUUCGUGUUAGCGAGUUGAAUGAUGCCGCGGGGGGAGGCACAUCAGGAGGUGGUAGGACUUUGGAGGAUGAGGUAUUUGUAGAUGGUGUUUUAAAAGAGAAGGAGGAGGUUGAUGUUGGUGAAAAGGUUGGUGGCGAAGAGAAUUCGGUGGGAGAUGUCUUGACUGAGAAGUCAAAUAUUAGUGGGAAAGAGAUGGUGACCUAUUUGAGCGACUCAUCCCCGUGUCCAAGGAGUGAGAAGCACAAGCCGAUAGAGUUGGAAGCAGGUUUAGCGGCUUUGUUGUUGGCGAAGGCUCCAUAUAGCUUAGGCCAGAUUGUCCCAGCGGCUGAGGACGUUGAUUUUGGGUACUUUGAGCAAGUGUUGCUUUCAAACCCUAAAGUAUUGCAUUUGGGUGCUGGGAACUUUGAUCUUGAUAAUCAGUUUUUCCUUGACCUAAUAACUCCCCGAAAAUGGGUGUCCAGCAAGUAUUUUAAUCCGUGGCGGCAGUAUGUGGGGUAG